AUGUCGUCCAACAACACCGCCGCCGCUCCGACUGCCGCUGCCGACAGCAAGCAGGCCGUCGCGCUGCUCCCUACGGAGGUGCGCUGCUCGUACCCGAGCAAGCUCUGCAACAACCACCGCGCCGUCAAGGACAACGGCGACCUGCACAAGCUCUGCGACUUCCACCGCAAGAAGGCCAACGUGAACCAGCAGCGCAUGCAGCAGAAGCGCCGCCUCAUCCGCCAACAAAUGGUCGAGCGCAACAAGCGCUUCAUGGACGCAGCGCAGGUGCCCAUGGAGUACAACGCUGUCACCAACAUGAUGGAGCCCAAGGAGCCGAUCUGCAACCUCUCGCACGAGGAAGUGAUGAUGCUCGAGGUCAUGCUCUUCGACGAUGAGGACAGCGAGGGCUGCAUGAGCCCCGGCGAGGGCAUGGCGUACCCUGGCUUCCCCAUGGGCAUGCCCAUGGGCGCGACGUACCCGGCACCGGGCAUGCCGUCCGGCAACAUGUCGCUGUAG